AUGUCCAUGAUGUUUUUGUCAACGACAGCCAAGGAAAUUCUUCCCAACGUCAGUGCUGUUCUGUCGGCUGUGACGCCGAACAUGGUUAAGUCUGACAGCACCAUCGCUACAGCGUGCCGUGUGAUGAACACACUCAUGCUGGCAGAGCCCGACACUGGCAAGAAGAGUAUCAACACCAAACUCGUCGACUCUCUGAGCAUGCUGAGCUCAAAUGUAUUAUUUGACACAGCCAGAAAAUCUGCUGGAGUUCUUCUCUGGAGUAUGUGGGGACAAAAAGACAUCCAGUAUGUGCUGAAAAAGCAAGGGAUGAACAAGGACACGUUUAUAAAUGCCAUCACUGCUUCAGCGUACGAGGAAGCAACACGCAUGAAUGGACACUGAGAGAUGUGCAAUUUUGCAGUGCUGCAGGAAGCCACAGAGUUUCAGAGAACUGUCCUGCUUUCAUAUAUUGCAGGACAUUAUGGGUAUAUGCGGUACAUAUUGUAGAUUUAAUGGGAUUCCUGCAAAUUUUUUGCGAAAAAAAAAACAUUGUUUAAGGACACUCUCACUGUCAUUCUAAACCCAAAUGUUCUUCUUCUGAGGGCUAAAAUGGCAAAAAAAAAGACCCUUAAAAUAUGAUAAAGGGUUUGUGUGAUGCUAUAUUCCAGAUGCUUUAUUUGAAGAACAGACCAAAAAUGUACCAAAAGUAAAUAUCCUUUCAUAUCUCUUCAGUGGUUCACAAGACUGCGACUGAUUCGUUCAUGAAUUGGACUGAUCUGGAAUUUAGCACACAAGUCAUUUGGAUGGUUUGUAUGAUAUUUUAAUGGCGCUUUUCUAUCGUUUUUAAACUUGAAAUCCACUGAUGGAGGAAUAAUCAAUCCUCCAUCAGUUUUUCUGGUCAGAUCCCGGGAUUACCGGCUGAUGCGGCUGCUGUACUGCUAGUACAGGCCUGUUUAGUGCCUAAUACACAGAUAUGCAUAUAUCUAUCAUGGGAAUGAGUUUGUACACUUAUGCUUGACAAACUUGCACUACUGGUCCUGCAGAGUAAUAAAUCCACUCUUCUUCUGCUGCUUUCCUUCCCCUGUCCUCCUGUGCUGUAUAUUUGGGAUCAUAAUACAUGUUGGAUAAAGCUUUUGCAUUUUGGUGCAAUGAGGCCUGAAUAGUUGUCGGUUUCUAAACAUGCUCUUACGUCGCAGUUAGUAAAAACCUUCAGUAUAAAUGCACCACUUUAUUUCUUCUCGAUGUCCACUUAAGUUGUUCUGAGGUAGAGUUAGGAAUGACAACCAACAAACACUUUUAUAAACCGUCAGUGAUGAAAUGUGAUUGAAAUAAUGUCAGUCGAAAGAAAAACAUCGAAACAAUGUUAAUACUAAUUAAAAGUAAGUUGGAUGAAAAGUAAGAUUUUGAAACGUCAUUGUUGAUUUGAUUUGAAAAAAUCUAGAUGAAAACAAGAGUGAUUCAUCAUUGGAAUGCCUGUUGGAUUAGAACUUAAUGAACUUUCGGUUGCAUUCGCAGCUCUUGAUGUGUUGCCUUUAGGGAUGGGCGUAUCGAUCCGAAGUAUCGAUAUAUCGAUACUGACGCGAGUAUCGAAAGU